UAGGUCAAUGUGCCCUUCCACACGUGUUGUGUCUUGUAGAAGUAGCUGUAAGUGGGGGAGUCACGCUUAUAUGUGUGUCGGCAAACUAAUUUAUUCUGUUGUCAUAUACCUGAUUAUUUUCAGACAGUCAUGCUAAAGUCAGUAGUCCGCUCGGUGGGAGCUGCUGUCCGCCUCUCUUCAGCCACCACGUCCACAGCCCGGGCUCUGCCGCUGAGCUGCCCGAUGCUGCGUUCUCUGAGCCCGGCAGUAACACGGCCCUUCACCCGGUCUCUGUGGAUGCUGAACAGCAACUCGUCAGGAUACAGACCCAAACUGUUCAGCUCCAAGGUGCUGAGCCCGUCGGUGUCCUGUGGAUGUGGAGGACUGCACACAGAAGGUGACAAAGCGUUUGGAGACUUUCUGUCUGAUGAAAUCAAAGAAGAGAAGAAGAUCCAGAAAAGCAAAACUCUACCCAAGAUGUCUGGAGGAUGGGAACUGGAGAUGAACGGCACAGAAGCUAAGCUCUCAAGAAGUGUAUCUGGAGAAAAAAUCACUGUCACAUUUAACAUCAACAACAGCAUUCCUCCAAACUUUGAGGAGGAAGUAGAACAAGGACAGCAGAAACCAGCAGAAGAAGAGUCUGAAAUUGUGUCAACACCCAACUUCGUUGUUGAAGUAACGAAACAAGCUGCAAAACAUUCCCUGGUGUUUGACUGCCAUUUUCCUGAAGACGAGAUGAGUCAUGGAGAAGGAGAAGAGGAGAGCGAUAUAUUUGCCAUUCGGGAGGUUAGUUUCCAGCCAGAGGGAGAUACAGAGUGGAAGGAGACCUGCUACACACUCAACACAGACUCUCUGGACUGGGCGCUGUAUGAUCACAUGAUGGACUUCCUGGCUGACCGCGGGGUCGACAACACCUUUGCAGAUGAACUGAUGGAGCUGAGCACCGCCAUCGAGCAUCAAGAGUACAUUAAGUUCCUGGAAGACCUCCAAGGCUUUGUCAAAUGUAAUUAAUGUUAGACAUAAGCUUUAUUUCUGCUAUUCUUCAACACACAUCCUGGCAAAGUUGAAAGUACAAUGAUACAAUAAAACUGAAGCACCGAG